ACCACGACGUCCUCACGACCUUAACGACAACAGCAUGGACAACGGCGCGACUCACAGCACAGCGACGCUCUUGUUCAGCUUCUUGCUUAGCUUUCUCGGCCUAUCUUGCGCCUCCAUCCUAGGCGGCCUGGUGUGGCAGAGGUUCUCUGCGCGGUGGCGGGGACACCCCAACGAACACCCAGACACGCUCAAAGGCUCUCCUGUACCCCCAUCUCGUCCGAGGAUGUGGGACGUUUGCAUCCGCGACACCUUAUCGGCGGCCAAGCUCUCGGACUGUGCAUGGGAGCAGCUGCGGCCGCUCGCGCUCCAUCUCACCUCCGCCGCCGAUAGCAAGGGCGAUGUUGCGGAGGAGUCCAGGCCUGCGAAGUGGAAGUUGAGCCCGUUCGGUAGGAAUGAGCUCGAGUUCCAGACACAUAGGAACAUAUCGGACGCCGCAGAGGAGGAUAUUUUUUUAGACGGCUGCCAGGCCUCUAUCGCGGUCGUGAUCGCAUAUCCGACUCGUCCAAUCAAGGCGGAGGUGGACGAGUUCGCGCUGGGGACCGCACACACGCUAUGUAGUGGACCCUGGGCUGGUCGAGAUACCCCUUGGAUUAGCCACACUUGAGCAUCUCGGCCACAGUACCCGCGAGUUCAUCUCUUCCUUGAUCUUUGUUUGUACUAUAACAGCGACCGAGGCCUUU